UGUUCUGGACGAUGUUUGCAGCAUGACUCAACUGGAAUUUUUAAUCAAACAAUCGACUUACUUUGGCCCUGGAAGUCGAAUCAUUAUUACAACACGAGACAUGGAUGUAAUCAAGAAUGUUGACAAUAUAUGUUCUGUGCAGGGACUAUCUGACAGUGAUUCUCUUGAACUGUUUUCAAGUUGCGCCUUCAAACAGAGCUAUCCUCCUGAAGAAUAUUUGGAAUUGUCAAUGAGGGCAGCUGUUUAUGCAAAGGGGAUCCCUUUGGCUUUGAAAGUUUUGGGUUCCUUUCUCUGUAAAAAAACUGUGCGAGAGUGGGAAAGUGCAUUGAGAAGACUCGAUAGUUCUCUUGAUGAAGAAAUCUUCAGUGUACUCCGUGUAAGUUAUGAUGGACUCAGUGAUGAAGAGAGAGGGAUGUUUCUCCAACUUGCUUGUUUCUUCAUUGGGGAACAGCGAAGUUUCAUAAGUAGUCUUCUGGAUGGUUGUGGUAUCUCUGCGGAUAUUGGAAUGCGUGCACUUGUUGAUAAGUGUAUGAUUACCUUUACGGACGACAGGCUGCAGAUGCAUAACUUGUUACAGAACAUGGGUAGACAAAUUGUAAAGCAGCAAUCACCUCAGGAUCCCAGCAGACGCAGCAUGCUGUGGGACUUUGAUGAAGUCCAUGAAAUCUUAACAGAAAAUACGGGAACUCUAUCAACGGAAGCCAUAUCCCUUGACCUUUCUGAAAACGAAGAGCUGCAGAUAAGCUGUCGUGCUUUUGCAGGGAUGCGUAAUCUGAAAUUUCUAAGAUUUUCUAACAAGCAGUCUAAUGAAGAAAGCUGCAAAACCCACCUUCCAGAAGGCCUUGACUUUCUCCCUCCUAAACUGCUUUUACUUAGGUGGGACUUCUUUCCUUUAGCAAGUUUGCCAGAAAGAUUUAAUCCGGAUAAACUUGUCGAACUUCAUCUGUCCAAUAGCAAACUUGAGCGUUUGUGGGAAGCAGUACAGUCUCUAUCAAAUUUAAAAUGGAUUGAUUUUAGCAACUCUCGGUACCUGAAGGAGUUGCCAGACUUGUCAAAUGCACCCAAAGUUGAGAGUAUCAUUGCCCGAGGAUGUGAAGAUUUAGUGACUAUCCCAGCUCCAAGAAACAAGUUGGAAUCUCUUGAGUUCCUGGAUCUCUCUGGAUGCUCAAAGCUAAAAGAGUUUCCAGAGAUUUCAUGGAAUAUUAAAAGGUUGUUUUUGGCUGAUAGUGGGAUAGUAGAAAUACCACGAUCAAUUGAAAAUUUCCAUCAGCUUGUUGACCUAGACAUGAGAAGGUGCACAAUGCUUAAGAAUGUUGCACAAAUCGGUCCAAAGUUGGAAAAGUUAGAAUUUGUGGAUCUAUCUGGUUGUUCUAGAGUUACAAGCUUUCCAGAUAUUUCUUGUACUGUGGAAGUGCUUCUUCUGAAUGAGACUGCCAUAGAAGAGAUCCCAUCUCAUAUCAAGUACAUGAAAAAACUAGAGUUACUGGAAGUGAAGAAUUGUCGGAGGUUGAAGAGUCUUCCUAGCAGUAUUUGUGCGUUACAGUCUCUAGUGGAACUCAAUAUUUCUGGAUGUCCAAACUUCACUAGCUUUCCUGAAAUCACAGAGACUAUGGACAGUUUUAAGUAUCUUUCUUUAAACGGAACGGCCAUUAGAGAGCUACCUCCUUCACUCGAGAACUUGACUGGCCUUUGUUCUCUAGAUUUGGAGAAUUGCAACAGCCUCAUCAGCCUUCCAGAUAGCUUAUCCAAGUUAAAGUCCCUGGAAGACCUUAAUAUCUCUGGCUGCUCGAAUUUGGAUAGCUUGCCAGGACGCAUUGGAAAUUUUGGAUCUUUAGUUCAUGUCAGAGCAAGUGGAUGCAGAAGUGAAGUUGUUGAUUUUAUAGAGGGCGGCUCAAGCUCACUACAAAUUCUUGAUUUAAGUGACUGUGGGAUCAAAGAGUUUCCUGAGGCUGUAACACUUUUAUCUACAGUGAAAGAGCUAGAUAUGAGUCAAAAUUCUUUCAGCACAAUACCUCCAAGCCUCAAGGAUCUUCAAGAGCUCCAAACUCUCGAUUUAAGCCAUUGCCAUGAGCUCCUAUCUAUAUCAGGGGUCCCAGCUGGUCUGACAAGGCUUAGCGUACUCAACUGUAGAUCACUGGAAACGGUUGCACUCAGUAACUCUUCUGAGCUUCAGCUUUAUCCUUUGAACAAUGUGGAAGCCUUUUGGUUUGCUGAUUGUCCAUCACUAAGUCAAUAUGCAAUAGACAACAUCAAGGUAUUUGCAAAACGCAGAAUCCAUGUCCUGGCAUCCCAUUUUGGUGUUAUUUUAGGCUUUAGAGGUGAAGAACUGUCUCUCAACAUAUGGAUGAAACCACAACAAAUGCAGUAUUUGCUCUCUAGCAUGUACGGAUAUGAGAACCUUCAUGAAGCACUGAUAGGACUGCACACAGCUUUUUUCAGUGAUGAACUGAUAAUAAAGGAGCCUCCAUCUAUGCUACUUUGUCGCAUACUCCAUGAUUUCCAUGAACGGUAUAGGUUAGAUGUUCAAGGUCUCCUACAUUUCUUCUCCUUGAUCGCGCAUCUAUAUCUUUAUUACCAAGGAAAGCCUUCAACCAAUUUCUGCUUACCAGGGGAUGAUAUUCCUGAAUGGUUUUGUCACCAAAGAAUUGGGUCAUUUAUUGCAGUUCUGGUUCAGCCUCCCGAACAUUCAAAUGACAAGGUCUUGUUGGUAGGUUUUGCUAUAUCGGUUCUUGUUGCAUUUGACGACUACCAUGAUGAUAAGGGUAUCAGAAUCAAAUAUGAAUGUCACUUCCAUUCCAACUUUCUUGGCACUCGCGUUGGAGCAGGAUAUUUGAGGGGAUGGGAUGGGCAAAAGGGAAAGCGUUUGUCUGUUAAAGGAGAUCAUUUGUUCUUGGGGUAUGAUUCGUCUAUUAUGUUUGAUGCGGCCAAUGGAAUCAAACAAUUUGUUAAUUAUUCUGAAGAUCUUGUCAAAGCCACUUUUCGAUGUUAUGUCGUUGAUGAGGAUGACAAUCCUAUCAACUCCUGCAGUGUGAAGAAGUGUGCAAUCCAACCUCUUUAUGUCAAUGACAUGACCAAGUCUCCAAAAGAAUUCUUAAGCAGACAGAACGUAACCAAAGGAUUGACCACAAGUUUUGCAGGGUUUCUUGAGAAGGUGUUGCGAAAUUUGGACUUAUAUGGUGCAAUUUCAUUAGGCAUCAUGAAUGUUCUUGGUGAUUUAUCUGUGGAUGUUGUCCAUAAGGGAGGAUAUGUUUAUAUCAUGAUAAAAUGUGAUAACGCAGGCCUGCCUUUAGGCCUUCAGAUUUUGAAUGUGCAUCUUGGGACAGCACCACUCGCAGUCAAGCUGAUUGAAAUGGCCGAACAAUCUAAAGAUCCAAGGGCGUUCUCAAUUGAGUUCUCGGAUGUGGACGAUGGAGAUUUUGGUUGCAGAAUCAAAGUCAAAAAAUGCGAGUUCCGUCCAUUGCAGAGCCAUGUCAUGCUAAUUGGCAGAUCUGCUGUUACCUAAGUUUACAAGGACCUAAUCACCUAAUAUUGGUGGAGAUGUGACAGAUGUCUUUGAUGCAUAAUCAGUAUCUGCUUCAACAUUAUCAAGAGUCAAAGGUUCGGCAAGUUACUUCUUUUAAUCAACACGUCUCUGUGUGUGCAUGUAUAGAUUCAGGAGACUUAUCAAAAGUAAUAUGAACAUAUACUCUUUCCUAAUUCGGAGGGAACUGAACCCAAUUUUUUCUUCUAUUGUUACAAACCACAAUACUUUUGGAAGAACUAGCCUGUUGUAAUUCGUUAGAGAUAUAUGUAAGAAACUGAUAUUCAAUGUAAGAAUAUGUUAUAUAAA